AUGACCGUUUCACAUUGUCUCAUAUUACUGUUGCAGAUCACUUCCAUUCUCCGACAGAGUCACAAAAUGACUCUUCACACUUGGUGCGGCCUACUCUUUUGUGGCUUAUUAGCACUCAAUUCCGUUGAAGCAACAUGUUCGCCAUCAUUUUUCGCCAAGAGCAUAAAAUAUGAAGAAGCUGUUGAGAUCGACUUUUACUAUACCGGAAUCAAUCUAGCUUCUGCCGCCGCUUGUGCCUCAUUCUGUGCCCAACGUGAAUUCUGCCGAAGUGCUGUUUAUAAUAGUCGCACCAAAACUUGUGGAAUCUCUUAUGAAUACACACUUGCAUGCGUUUCUCAUGUUGAGAGAUAUAAGGAAUACGAGGCGGACUCAAACAAUGGUGAUUUGAUCCAAAUCGCAUGUGUGGAUGAGUGUCCGAAGGGCUCCGAUAAGAAUAAUAGCAGCAAGAAUGAUAAGCUUGAUCAGGAGGGUCCAGGGAAGGUUCCGAUUGGAAUUAUAACUGGAGAACCAAAUAAUGGAAAUAGACCUCAAGAAGAUAGUGAGACAGAGAAGCUGCCAAAACCAAAAGCUCAGGGAUAUGUGACUCGUCUUGUUCUGGCAAAUAUUAGCGGAAUCCCAGAAGGAGGUGUUGGUGUUGCUGAACCUCUUGCUCUUCCACAGAGCGACGGAAACGUUAACAACCAGAAGAAAAAUAAAGGAAAGUCGCAAAUUUGCUAUCGCACAAUUCGACAUAGAUAUCUGUUAGGCGGGGAUUUCGAACAACACGAUGUCUCAUCGAUAAAUGAGUGCAGAUGCUUGUGCGCCGCCACUUACAAGGACGGAAAAUACAAAUGCCACUCAUUCCAAUACAGAGCCGGAACUUGUACACUGAAUAAGGGAAACCACCUUGGUCAUUACGAUUUAAUUGAACAGCGUAAAACGGUUUAUCAAUACGUUGACUGUGACGUUGAAGUUCUUUUGGCUGUUGCUGCUAAAUUCUGUCCAAACUUCAAAACAUUAGUUAAAGAAGACAAAUCUAAAUCUAAUAAGCAAGAGCCGGAAGCGGCACCAGGAAAGAAGAAAGAGAACAAGAAAGAUGAGAAAAAAGAAAAUAAGAAGAACGAUAAGAAAGCUGACAAGAAGGAAGAAAAGAAGAUCGAUAACAAGAAAGCUGUUGAUAACAAGAAAACUAAUAAAGUUUCACCCAAAAUAAAGAAUGUUCCUAAAAUCGCUCCAAAGCCAAAACCAACUACUGCGAAGCCAAAACCAACAACUGCAAAGCCAAAACCAACUACUCCAAAAUCCACAACAAAAUCAACACCAAGACCAACACCGAAAAAAACUGAGAGACCAGUCAGCAAAACGGAACCAACUACAACAAAAGCACCGGAACCAAAAUCAAAAGAAACAGGACAUGACGAAUCAGUUAAAGAAGAUACUUUGAUUAAGAGAAAUGACUGCUUUGAAGUUAUCGAUGAUCAUUUGAUGGUCAGUGUUGCUGGCGGUCUGGAGCAUGAUGUUUCAAUUGAAGAAUGUCAAUGCAUUUGCGCAAACAGCAAAAAGUCUGGCAAGUAUCCAUUCCAAUGUGCAUCGGCUACUUACUAUCACAUAGAAAGAGACUGUAUUUUGAACUUGGAAAAUAGAUUCAUGAAGAGCAAAUUGUUUGAGAAACAAGUCGUUAACUUCAAUGUAUCUUACAUUGGUAUCACUUGCCCAACAGAUAAGGCCGUUACUAGUACUGCUGACUUGGCUAAGACAAACUGCAGAAGAUCUGUUCAGGAAACUGCACCGACUCCAAAAAAGAAGAAGAAUGGAGUAAAUUCAGAUGAAUGCUACGUUGAGCUUGGAGAUUUUGUGCUUGAAGGAACUGCAAUCGCUGUUGAAACUGGCAUAACUGCUGCGGAAUGUAAAUGCAAGUGCGCUCAAGGCGAAAAGCUUUACGUUGAUGACUGCGCUUCAUUCUUGUAUUAUUAUGAUAGCAAAACAUGCCUUAUCAAUAAACAAAACAGAUUCUCAAACCCCGAAAAAUUCAAUUUUGUGCCAAGUUUGAAUCAGUCAAGAAGCUACUUUGAAUGGACUUGUGCUAACAAAGAUGCAGCACGUCAUAAAUACCUAUCAGAUGUUUGUUCCAUUUCACAAGAAAUUGUUGAAGGAAACCUUUUGAAUAGUGAAGGGCAAACCGUGGAAGUCAAACAGGACACCCCGAAACUUGAAAACAAUGUUGUUCGAACUACGCGACUUGACGAGAAAGAAUUUUUGGAAAGAAUUGAGCAGGUUGAAGGACAAAUUGAGACAACAACGACUACUGAAAAAAUAACUACCACUGUGGCUGAAACAACUACCACGGAGUCUGAAACAACUACUGCUGCAACGAAAAAUGAGGAAACGGAAGUGGUUGUGAAGGAGAUCGAAGAGUCCUUGCUCAAAAAGAUUGAAGAAGCCGAUGGAGAAUUGGAAAAGAAGACGUCGGAGACUGGAUCUAAUCUUGAGGAGGUUGGAACUAAAACGGUCGAUACCAACGCUCUACUCAAAAAAAUCGAAGAGUCUGAUGAAAAGCUCAGCAAAGUCACGGCUACACCGCCCAAGGCUACCACCACUACUGAACCAGAUGCAACAACAGAAUCAGCAAAUGUCGAAGAAAAGUCUUCAAAAGCGGAUAAUUCAGAAAUUGGGACUCACCCUGCUGAUCAAGAUGUUCUAUUGAAGAAAAUUGAGAAGGCUGAUAAAGAAUUGGAAAAAAAGAGUGCCGAAAUCGAUAAUGAUAUAAAGCAUGUACAUAAUCCCAACCCCAAUUCAAAUCAGACAACGGUUGAAACCCAUGCGGUUGAUGAGAAAGAACUGAUUAAAAAAAUCGAAGAUGCUGAAAAUGAAUUGUCCACUGACACUACAAAUCCCCCAGUUUUCGUCCUCACUGAACCAACACCAACGACCACAGCGAAACUGAUCCUCAACAAGAAAAAAUCUAAAACCUCGAAAGAUAAAUCAACGGGCAAUGAUAAGAAGCUCGAAUCCAAGGAAAUUGGAUUGAGAGAAAUGAACGAGAAAACCAUUGAAGAGCUUAUUAAUCAAACUGUGCAAGAAAAGGAAGACGCGGUUUUUGACGGCGAAGAAGAGAACGAAGAAGUUGAUCCAAAACGAGUUAAGAUGAAGAAAGUUGAAGCGAGAAUUCUUGAAAAACUUUCAGAGAUUGAGGAAAAGUCGGUGAUCCCUGUUACUUCGGCUGAACGAAGAAACGAUAAAAACACACAAACUGCAGUCAAAUCGAACAUUCCUCAGAAGAAGAGACAUUACCUUAUACCAGAAGCAGAAGGAGUUGACGAUGAAAAUGAAGACGAUGCAACUGAGGAACUGCCGGCAGAACUUGAUGAGCCAACUACAAGAAAACUGCCGACAACUACUACUACGGCAACAACAACGAAGAAAUCAAAAGCGAGUGGAGUCAAAACUCACAAAUUCGAUGAAAAAAUCGAAAAGGAAAUGCCGCCACCGUUGAUACGAACUACACCAGAGCCAACCACAACAACUCCAGGAUAUCCACCAGCAGGAAGAUGCUCAUAUUCGGCUCUUUACCAAACUGCAUUCUUCGGAAGAAGAUUAUUGAAAACUGUUAGAGUUAAAUCGCCAGCUGAUUGCUUUGCCGCUUGCUAUGCUUUGAGAUGCCGGUCAGCUAACCUCAUUUCACAAGGUGACCUCAACAGUUGCGAACUUUACAAAGAUUCUCUCAUCGACUACCGUAGACCUGACAUGAUUGGAUAUGACGCUACUACAGUAUACUUCGAUGGAAUAAACUGCGAUGGUGGAUUCUAA